AUGAAGUUCUCCGCCGUAACUUUUACCGUCCUCUGCUGCGCUGCUCUAUCCAUUGCCGCCCCCUUGAUGCACGCCGUCGAUAUCGAUGACCUCGUUGAAAGGUACUACGACGUCGACGAAAUAGAUGCCCGCGAGUUGUACACUUUAUUUGCCCGCGUUGGCAAGUUCCACGUCGCAGAACCCAACACCAAGAAGGCCGCAUAUGCCUUCAUCGAUAAAGCAAAGGAAGGCGGUCAGCUGGACCGCGCCGCUGCUAGUGGAAGCUCUGCGAAGACUACCAAGUCUGACGGUGCCUUCCACCUCGACCGUCAGCAGCCCACCAAUGCCCAGGGCCAACACAAGGUUGCAGUUCAGCUGAACAACGUCAAGAAAGGUCAGCCUAGCACAGUGGGGCAGGUGGCUAUCCACGGAGGGGCGGAGCCGUCUGGAGGUCGAGUCGCAAAGUCCCUUAAGCACUCGGUGACGACUUCGAAGGAGACUCACAUCAACCACCCUGGAAGCAAGGCAGCUCAGAACGUCGCCGCCCAAAAGGCCAAGCAGCAGGCGAAGGGAAAGAAGUAA